UUUCCUCCUCUCUGCCCCCGUCGUGGCUGGCGCCCAGCGCCGCAGGAGCCGGCUCGGCACCCACCAGCCCCACGCUCGCCCUGCACACCAAGAUGGAGCAGCUGGAGGAGCAGCUCCUCUCCAAGAUCCUGACCCUGCAGAAGGAGCGCCAGGCUGCCAGCACCGACCGCAGCCAGCAGCAGCACCACAUUGAGAAGGAGCUGAGCUCUCUCCAGAACCGGGUGACGGAGCUGGAGCACGGACCACCAGGCUAUAGCCCUCCUGAUGCCUUCAAGGUGACCAUCCCAGUGCAGAACAACUACAUGUAUGCCCGCAUGAAGAAGAGCCUGCCCGAGCUCUACGCCUUCACCAUCUGCAUGUGGCUCAAGUCCAAGGCCCUGGCAGGGCUUGGCACCCCCUUCUCCUACUCUGUGCCAAGCCAAGCGAAUGAGAUCGUGCUGCUGGAGUGGGGCACCAACCCCCUGGAGCUGCUCAUCAACGACAAGGUUGCCCAGCUGCCGUUGAGCCUGAAGGACAAGGCCUGGCACCACGUCUGCGUGGCAUGGACCACCCGGGACGGCAAGUGGUCGGCGUACCAGGACGGGGAGCAGCGGGGGGCCGGUGAGAACCUGGCCUCCUGGCACGCCAUCAAGCCCCAGGGCGUCGUCAUCCUGGGCCAGGAGCAGGCCCCCCUGGGCGGCCGCUUUGAUGCCACGCAGGCCUUUGUUGGGGAGCUGGCCCAGUUUGGCGUGUGGGACCACAUGCUGGCGCCAGCUGAGAUCCUGGGCUUGGCCAACUGCACCUCCCACCUGCAGGGCAACGUCAUCCAGUGGGACGAGCAGGCAGUGGAGGUCUUCGGGGGGGCCAGCAAGGGGAGCUUCGCUGCCUGUGAGGAGGGGAGGAAGGCAUGA